AUGGAUACUAAUCAAGUAGUUUUUAUACAAGGUGAUAUACAACUUCAAGGUUUAGUUGCUCUUGUUAUUCAAAUGAACAAUGAAGAUUUCUAUUUGAAUGUUGAUGUAAUUCCGAAGCAUACUGGUUGUAGCACUAGUUCAAGGUCUUUGUCUCGUUCUAAUUAUGGUUGUAGCAGUAUUUCUGGUGCUAGUACUUCAAACUCUUGUGUAAGUGAAAGUCCUAAGCUUGUAAGGGUGGUCGAUCAUGACGUGGACAAGGCCAAGCCUCUCAUUAUCGAUGAAUGGCGUUAUGUUUUUGACAAUAUUGGUAGAGAAUUUGUGGGUGGUGUUAAAGCUAUCAUGUCACUCUUUAAGAAGACUUAUGGGUCCAAUAUUAAGUAUCACCAUGCCCGUAGAGGGAAAGAAGCUGUAUUUGAAGAUCAAUAUGGUGACGACGAGAAGUCGUAUAGCGAUUUAAAUUGGUAUCUCAGGCCCAUGAUUUACUUGGACGCUACUUUCCUUAUUGGUAGAUUCAGGGGUACUUUGAUGGCUGCAACAUGUGUCAAUGGAAAUGAUGGUUUUUACCCAUAUGCUUUUGUUAUUGUUUUAUCUGAAAACAAAGACAAUUGGUUUUGGUUUCUAGAUAAUCUUCAACAAGUGGUCGAUGAUCGUCCGAUUGUUUUCCUUAGUGAUCGUCACGAAGGACUUCUGCAGGGCAUUCCAAGAGCAUUUCCUGGUUCAUAUCACAGCUAUUGCUUUUACCACAUCAAGUGCAAUCUCCCUAUUGGAAAAGGUGAUGCGAAUUACAAUGUCGUUAUUGAUUUGUUUUACAAAGCUGCUUACUCUUACACAUCAACGAACUUUGAAGAAGCUUUGCGGGGCAUGCAUGCAAUUGGUUGUGGACAUGUUGCUAAUUAUCUUAGGACCAUUCCAAAGGAGAAAUGGGCAAAUGCAUUUUUCCCUAUAUGCAGAUAUUCUGCUCACUCUUCAUCUAUUGUCGAGUCAUUCAAUAACUGGAUUCUUGAGUUCAAAAAGCUGCCUGCUUUUGCUCUUCUCGAUGCGAUACGUUUGAAGGUUAUGCAGAUGAAUUCUAAGAGAAGGGUAGAAGAUAUUGAAAAUUUUAACACUAGGCUCACUCCCGUAUACGAGGAUUUACUAAACGAGAACAUCAACAUUGGUCGUACUUGGACUGUUGUUGAGUCUAUGGAAAUAUUGUAUGAAGUCAGGUCUCCCCGCAAUCAUUCUGUAGAUAUGUUGGAGAGAACUUGUACGUGUCACAGGUGGCAAGUAAAUGGUUUUCCCUGCGCACAUGCUUGUGCUGCCAUUCAAUCUACAAGGGAGGACAUAUAUUCAUUUGUUGAGCCAUACUUCACCAUUGAAUGGUACAAUAGAACAUACCAAGAGAUCAUCUUGACAAUCCCAAAUUAUGACAAGCCGCAGUCUUAUGAUCCUAGUGAUAGGAUUAUUGUUCCUAUUCCUGUGCCUCCACCCGGUAGACGAAGAGAACAGCGUUUCAAGAAGGCUUGGGAGAAGCAAAAGAGGCCUAUGAUGUGCACAAAGUGCUUCACUCUUGGUCACCACAACAGAGCUACCUGCCCCAUGCCUUGA